AGAGUUACAGACUAUGAAUCAAGUUUGGGUGUUGACAGAAUGCAUACAGAAGGCAUGUAAAAUCCUGAAAACAAUGACAGCAGGUGUUUACGUCAACACAACAGUUUCUUUCUUAUUAGUUCCCCUUUGACAGCAUCAAAUGAGAACAACUUGUUCACCUGAUGGUACAUCUAUUAUAAUAACUUGCUUAGUGCACAACAUUGUCAGCAAGCUUGAAGCAUGGCACAACUCACCGCCACAGUGAAUACCCUUAACUUUUCCUCCACUCCUGGAUAUUCACCCAUCACCUCCUGGUCCACAGGCAUGGCUCCUACAGUGGUGAUGUCCAUCUGCUUCCUGAUGGGAUUCCCUGGAAACAUCGCUGUCAUCAUUCUCAAGCCAAACUGGGAGAACAUGUCCAGUCUGAGCCAGAGUUUGAUGCUGAGUCUGGCUGUGUCAGACCUGCUCUGCAUAAUUACCAUUCCAGUGUGGAUUUACUCUUUCCUCAAUAGCUGGAUGAUAGGUGAGGCAUCUUGCAAACUCAUUACAUACUUUGUGUAUUGCACCAUUCAUGUCAGCCUGCUGACUGUGACUCUGCUGAGUGUCCAGCGUUACCUUCAGGUCGUUCACCUGCAAACGAGUUUAAAGCAGGUUGAAGCAUGGAAGCUGCUGGUUCCACUCUGGCUGGCUGCAAUGAUCCUGUCCACUCCUGAGUUGGUAGUUCGAAAGCUGGUGGAACAACGACAGUGGACAAAAUGCAAAAAUAAACACUCUUCUGAUGGCCAGAGGUUGGCUGUGGUGUUGGCAGAGACUCUUGUAGUAUUUCUUUCACUUUCUGUCAUAAUGUUUACAUACAUCCGUCUCUACAGAAAGGUGAAUCGGGCAGCGUUUUUCAACAAUUCACAGACCAACAGACUAAUUACCAGGAUCAUUGUGACCUCUGUUGUCCUGUGGAUGCCAUAUCUUUCUAUAAAUGUGUUGGGUGUGGCAGCUAUUUCCUUGAAAAACGAGGGACUGCUGAAGUUUUGUGAAGACAGCUGGAGCAUUGUUGGAGCACUAACAUUUAUAAAUAGUGCAGUGAAUCCACUCCUGUACGCCUUCACUUCAAUCCGUUUGACCACUCUGCGCCAAAAAUUUGCUGAACACUUCAUACAGAAGUUCAGAAAUUCCCCAAAUCUGACUCUGUCAAGAGAUAUCAGUACAGAAGCAAUAUCUCAAUGUUAAAAGCUCUCAGGGGAAUUAAUUUUCCCUUGUGACAUUGGAAAAGGCAUCUUUUGGUCAAGUGAUUUCUCUCCUGCUGUUACAUGUAGGUUGUGGUGCUCUCUAUUUGUCACAAUGAGUUUUUGGUUUAAGCUCUAAAUGUGAAAAUACAUGUUUGUUGACAGGGAAGCAGACAAAUGUUGAAAGAAUUAAAAGACCAAUUACAUUAGAGGAAGCAGCUGUGUGUUCUUCCUGGUAAGAGUGGGAACACAAUGAAAAAUGACUUCACUAUAGCUGAAAAUGUUUUGUAAUAGUUUUAAUAUUUCUUAGAGAAAUGUUUGCCAGUUCUGAUGAUGUGUUUGUGCUUAUCUAUGUUCCCGAGGAUUUGAUGAGAGCAGCUGGCUAACUAGUGAUUGACCUCACUCAAUGUAUAGGAAUUUCUUUUAUUUAUGUAUUAAUCACAUUAUUUUAUUGUAUAAUGCCUUGGUGCCACUGGAUUUUAGCAUGUCUCACACUCAUGCAGUUAGACAGAUGGUGGGGGUCUGGUAAGGAAGUUGGGGGGAAGCAGACAACUCCACAGGAAGAAUCUUUUGUCUCUUCGAUGACUCUGGGAGGUAGCAAGGGAGUGUGAACCUUAAGGUGUGAAACAACUGUGUACUGCCUUUUGUUCCUGGAGUAGGUAUUUAACUGGGAGCCAUGCUAGGCUCAGUAAUAGACUGCUGACUGUCUGCCCCGCGGUCAUGCAGGCUCUCCACCAAGCUUGGUUUUUCUGUUCUUUGUUUGUGAUUAAAGAAUGUUAGCUACCGCUCACCGCUUGUCUGCAGGCUUUAUUUAAAUGGAAAACAUCCACAACACUCAAUAAUAAAGUAAAUUUCCCAAAUACCAUAUGUAAGUAAUAUAAUAUGUAGAAAUGCAUUAAAUGUAGAAACAACACAAAAAGUAGUUAAAUCGUCUCCUGCAACUCUGUAUAGCAUGAGAUUAUUAAUACUGAUGCAGUAAAUAAGAUUAACAUCACUUCCCUGUUGUAAUUGGUUACAGUGGAACCAAUUGUUUUAUGUACUGUUGCACAGUUUUGUUUUGUUUUUUUGUUUUUUUACAGUGCAUCAUAUUAUGCACAUUUCUCAACUGUUUAACUAAAACCUGUAAAGGUACAACUAUAUCUGGCACCGUUACAGAGUACCUGUGUGUGUGUUCUCUUCUUCCUUCAGAAAAGGUUUUAGAGAAAUGUAUUUUUAUUUUUGAAAGCUUCACUCACUUCAAUUCUUUCACCGCCUCUGUGAUUGUAUUCACUGGAAAAUCUCAACGAAGCUUUGCAUUGUUCUUUCACUGAAAUGCCCCAUGACGUGUUGAAGAAUUGUUAUUCUAUUAGCGUAUUUACUCUUCAGCUUAAAAUAUCAUCUGCUUUCGCUGCUUUUGGCCUCUUGUAUAGCAAUAUUAUGCUUUACCACUAGAUCGCAGUAGAGGCUUUGAUACUUCAUGGUAAUAUGAGCCAAAACAAAAAACAAAGCAACUGACUGAUUAUGUCUUACCUAAGAAAACAAUAUUGCAGCAGAAAUGAAUUCCCCUUAUUUUCUUGAAAAGCUACUUCUGUGUCCAUUAAUGACUUUCUCAAAAGUCAUUUUCUGCAGGGUCUUCCUCAUCUUG